AUGCGAGAGCAAGAGUUGGAGAUGAUGAGCAGCGUCUUCACCUGCACGUUCUGCUUCGCGCUGUCCGCUGGUCCACCGCGCGUCCUGGGCCGCUCCGCGCGACUCGUCUGCGCGGAAUGCUACGUCGCGGUGCUGGACCUGUCCAUAUGCUAG